UUUAUGAUAUGAUAUUGCGCCGUCUCCUCUCUUCUCUCUCAGCAAACCCACCGGCCACCACCGUCUUCUCUCUCCCAACAAUCCCACCGGCGGCGCGACUCCGACAGUAGCACGGGACGGAACUCCUUUUGGCGGUACGCGAAGUAUCACAGCGAUUGAAGAAGAAAUCUCAAUUUCUUCCCUCUCUCGCAGAAAUCCCAACGGAAUCCCCUCUCUUUGUGGCGAAUCCGUAAAACAAGAGUUGUGGAAAUGAGUUCAGAAGCCCUGCAGGUAGCUCGGGUCUACCGGGAGCUUCUCAAAGCUGUGAAGAACCAUAUUGGAAAGGAAGAGAGCAAGAAGCAUUUUGUGGACUAUGUGGCCCAAAAGUUCAGGGAGAGAAGCGGGCUUUCCGAACCCCAUUCUCUACAACAGAAAAUUAAGCUUGCGCACGAUUACGCAUUGCUACUUAACAGUGUGCACCAUCAAAAGGAUUUGCUGUUCUCUUACAACAUUGCUAUUGAUAGAUCAGAGGAAAUGAAGAGAAUAUUAGGCAAGUCUGCGGCAAGCGUGGGGCUUAGACUUCCUGAAGCUUAUCAACCCUGAAUCCUGAUGCCUUGUGGUGGUUUAAAUUUGUGAUAGCUCUUUGUGAUCUCUUUCAAUUGUUUGUUUUUCCCCCUAAGAAAAGGUGAAUAAGCACUUUGAUUAGCUGCUAGCUUCCCCAAAUUAAAUGAAAGAAACAAAGGGCAGAUCAGAAGGUUUUAUAUAUUAUGUGAUUUCUCCUCUUAUUUGGACUCUCGAAAGUGAAUUUGGCAGCAAUCUAGUUUGUGAUAAUGUGAAAGUGUGCUGUUAGAUUAUUAUUGUUAAGUACAACAACAAUAAGGGUGAAUCCACGACUUUUUUAUUAGAAAUAAUAUGCUUUAAUUAGUUGAGUUA